GAAGAACGCUGUGCCGAUGGUCGUCCUCGUGCCACGGUGCAUUGUGGGAUCGCUCUCCGUGUUUGCCUCGGUUGAUCAAGAUGGCCGCGAAUAUUUUGUGGAGGGGUUGGAGUUGAAUACACGCUGCACUCGGAGCGAUUGUGAUGUUGAGAGACCAGAUUCAUUCGUCCGCAUCAGAACAUCUUCACAAGAUUGCUACCUGACCAACUUUUGGUCUCUUUAGAGUUCAGAGCUGCAGAAGAGUGUGAUAUUGGAAACUUCAAGCAAGUCUAAUGAAGCGAGCGGCUGCAAAGCAUUUAAUUGAGCGCUACUACCACCAGUUAACAGAGGGCUGUGGAAAUGAGGCCUGCACGAAUGAGGCUUGUGGCUCUUCUCCGGGUUUCCAGCGCAUGGAUAACAAUGCAGCGGCCAUCAAGGCCCUGGAGUUAUAUAAGAAUAAUGCCAAACUGUGUGAUCCUCAUCCCUCUAAGAAAGGAGCCAGUUCAGCCUUCCCGGAGAACAGUGCCAAAGGAGCUCACAACUUCUCUGCUUGCAGCAACGGGAAGAUGAACCAUAAGGACCUACAGCCCGCAAGGGAGGACUUUAGAGAUCUGAAUAACUUGACAGAGGAGAAAGUGUAUGAAAUCCUAAGCCUCUGCAGUGAGACAGAAGACUAUUCUCCUCUAAUCCGUGUCAUCGGUAGGGUUUUCUCAAGCGCGGAGAGUCUGGUCCAGAGUUUCCGCAAGGCGAAUCAACACACCAAGGAAGAGCUCAAGUCCCUUCAGGCCAAGGAUGAGGACAAAGAUGAAGAUGAGAAGGAAACGGCCUCUGGUUCGUCCACAGCCAUGGAGGUGGAACCCGAAGCCUCUGCGUCAAGUGGAGACGGGCCAUCUCACGGAGAAAACAAUGUCCAAAAGUUUGGUCCCGUCGAAGUUUCUGUAGACAUUGAUGCAGUAAGAAGAGUGUAUGACAGACUAUUAUCAAAUGAGAAGAUCGAAGCAGCAUUCCUCAACGCGUUAGUCUACCUGUCGCCCAAUGUAGAGUGUGACCUCACCUACCACAACGUGUAUGCCGCCGACCCUAAUUACCUGAACGUCUUCAUCAUCGUCAUGGAGAACAGUAACCUCCACAGUCCAGAAUACUUAGAAAUCGCCCUGCCACAAUUCUGCAAGGCAAUGAGCAAGCUACCUCUUCCGGCUCUGGCCAAGCUUGCGCUGUUGUGGUCGCAGUAUGGCGCAGACCAGAUCCGACGUCUGCUUGAGACUUUCCAGCAGCUUAUUACCUACACGGUUAUCAGCAACGAGUUCAGCAGCGACAACCUUGUCAACGAGGAUGAUGGUGUGGUGGCAGCCACCAAGUGCUUGAAAAUCGUCUACUAUGCAAAUGUGCUGGGCGGUGACCUAGACAUGGGUCACAACGAGGAGGAGGACGACGAACCGAUCCCGGAGUCCAGCGAGCUGACCCUUCAGGAACUGCUCGGCGAGGAACGGCGCAACAAGAAAGGCCCUCGGGUGGAUCCGCUAGAGACAGAACUGGGCAUUCGUGCCUCAGACUGUCGAAAACCCCUCAUCCCGUACGAGGAGUUCAUCAACGAACCGCUCAAUGAGGUUCUUGAAAUGGACAAAGACUACACCUUCUUCAAGGUGGAGACAGAAAGCAAGUUCUCCUUUAUGACCUGCCCGUUCAUUCUUAACGCUGUGACUAAGAAUCUAGGCCUGUACUAUGACAACCGGAUCCGGAUGUACAGCGAGCGCAGGAUAACGGCCCUCUACAGUUUAGUGCAGGGACAACAGCUGAACCCUUACCUGCGACUCAAAGUGCGCAGAGACCACGUCAUAGAUGAUGCUCUUGUCAGGUUGGAGAUGAUUGCCAUGGAAAACCCAGCAGACCUGAAGAAACAGCUGUAUGUGGAGUUUGAGGGAGAGCAGGGAGUAGACGAAGGGGGAGUAUCCAAAGAGUUCUUUCAACUGGUCGUAGAGGAGAUCUUUAACCCAGAUAUAGGCAUGUUUACCUAUGAUGAAAUCACAAAACUUUUCUGGUUCAACCCUUCAUCGUUUGAAACUGAAGGCCAGUUCACAUUGAUAGGCAUCGUCUUGGGCUUAGCUAUCUACAAUAACUGCAUUCUUGAUGUGCACUUCCCUAUGGUGGUUUACAGAAAACUAAUGGGAAAGAAAGGAACGUUUAGAGACCUUGCAGACUCUCAUCCGGUUCUUUAUCAGAGUCUGAAGGAUCUGCUGGAGUAUGAAGGUAAUGUGGAAGAAGACAUGAUGAUUACCUUCCAGAUCUCACAAACAGACCUGUUUGGAAACCCACUAAUGUAUGAUUUGAAGGAAGGAGGAGAUAAAAUCCCAGUUACCAAUGAGAACAGAAAGGAUUUUGUGGCACUCUAUGCAGAGUACAUGCUGAACAAAAGUGUGGAGAAACAGUUCAAGGCCUUCAGAAGAGGGUUCCACAUGGUCACUAAUGAAUCUCCGCUCAAGUAUCUGUUUCGAUCGGAGGAAAUCGAGCUGCUCAUAUGUGGCAGCAGGAAUCUUGACUUCCAAGCACUUGAAGAUAGUACAGAAUAUGAUGGUGGAUACAACAAAGACUCUCACAUUAUUAAGGAUUUCUGGGAGACUGUGCACUCAUUUGGGCAGGAGCAGAAGAGGCUGUUUCUUCAGUUCACCACGGGCACAGACAGAGCUCCAGUUGGAGGUUUAGGCAAGCUCAAGAUGAUUAUUGCCAAAAAUGGCCCGGACUCAGACAGGUUACCCACCUCUCAUACCUGCUUCAACGUGCUGCUCCUCCCUGAAUACUCCACUAAGGAGAAACUUCGAGAGAGACUCCUUAAAGCCAUCACUUACGCCAAAGGCUUCGGCAUGCUCUGAGGCACCAGGAUCCGCAAAAGAACUCACUCGCCCUCAGAGCUCUCAUUUGUGCGUCAAAGGAGCAUUCAGCUACAUCGACAAAUAAAAGUAAAUAUCAAGUUAAAAUGUAAGGCAAGGUGGAAUGGGGUAAAAUGGAAAAGUUCUGGUGACCGUGUGCCUGUGCCUAAAUAGUUGAUAAAACCACACUGGACUCUUGUCUCUCUCUCUCCCUCUUAUUCAUGAAAAGGAGAGACGGUUAGACGUUUUCAUCACCUGCAGGACUGAUCACCAUCUGAACUUAACGCGAUCAAAGGGAGGAAGUGGAACUUUAUUGAUGUAUUAUGGUUGAACUGUGAAAGUGCACUUAACUCAAUAUUCAGAAUGUCUCUUAGGGUUGUUGUUUUUUUUCUUUUCUGUUUUGGAUCUGCCCUAUGACAUUUUUUCGCUUGUGUUUCAUAGGUCUUCCCUAGUCCAUUUGCAGCAGUGCUUUCAAAGGUACCGAGCAGCUCCAGUCUCAAUUUUGUGUCCAGGAAUCUGUAUUUAUUGAGGAACUGCAUUGUUUGUAAUGCUGCUUGGCCAGUUGUGCUGCUCUUUUAUGGCCAGUUUUCUGCAUUUCGCUUCAGAGCCUGCUCUUUCUCUCCCAUACAGAAUUGAUCUGUUUGUUAAAAUCAAUCCACGCUUAUGGUGCACUUCUGACAACGAGUAGUGUUACAAAAGAGAGAUCUAACCUUCCCAUAAACCUCUCUCUAAGGCUUCCUACAAGUGUUUUGUUUCGUUAUCUGUCUUUGUUUUAAUUCAGAAUGGCAGACUUUUAGUCAGUGAAUGCUAACUGACAGUGCCCCAUGAAGAAACCGUUUCUGUUUUAGUAGCUUUGUUUGUUUUUGCUCUGCACAGUGUCUGGCCCUAUACUGUUGGAUGAAAAUGAGGGGAAAUUGGCACAAAUUGUACCACUAUCUUGUUGUGCCAAACAUUUAUGCUGAGAAUUGCCGCUCCGGUUUGUCCAGGCGUAGCUGGAAACCCACUUUAGCCAUGCCCUCUACACUUUUUUCCCUCUUGCAUAUUAAAUGUGACUGUGGCUUGUUCCACUGCUGAUGGCGCUAACAUAAAAGGGGGAAACAGGACUUGAUAUUGAGAAUGACAACAUUUGAUUGUUUCGAGUUAUUCUUAAAUAAAUUCAAAACUGAAAAACAAACCAAGUGUGCAAA